UCCCUUGGCCCAUUCUUGGGUAAGUGCCAGUGUUCUAGAAAGGGAAGUGAGAGUCAGGUUCUAGAAUGAUUUCCCCUUGAGAUCAGGCCUGGAGCAUUAGAAGGGCAUCUUGUACAUCCACUGGGAAUAAAUUGCCUUGCAUUUGGCGGCUUCCCCUGCAGAUCGUUGCUUCUUUUCCUGGCAGCUUAAUCCUUUCCUCACAUAGAGGCUUCCUCUCAGCAGAUUUCUAGAAGCCCCAUAGGCCUUUAGUGCCUUGGUUUCGCCUUACCCUUCUGUCCCCUCCCUCCUGCAGGCAUGAGCCUGGCCCACACCACUGUGCUCCUGUGGGCGUGGGGGAGUCUCCAGGCCUUUGAAAUCGUAGAGAAGGAGAACAUUUUUCAGAAGACGCCCUGCCCCGCUUUCCUGAUGUUUGACAAUGCAGCCUACCUGGCUGACAUGAGCUUCGAGCUUCCCUGCCGCUGCAAGCCUGAGGAGGUGUCGGCUGUGGUCUGGUUCUACCAAAAGCACCUAGGCAGCAGCCACACCAAAGUACUGACGGACUUCGACGGGCGGGUGCUGACGGAGGCGGCUCAGGUGCGUGUGGGCAGCGACAUGCUCGUCCGCUUCAGCAUCCGCAUGUUCAGCCUGUUGGUUUUCCGCGCCCAGCCUGAGGACUCAGGCCUGUACUUUUGCGGCACCCGCAAGGGGGACUACUUUUACGCCUACGAUGUAGACAUCCAGAGCAGUGAGGGAAUGGUGGCUGCCUUCAAGGACCAGGGCCAGGAGCCCUUUGCAGACGAGUACCAUGGGAACCUCCAUGUCUUCACCACCUUCUGGGAGUGGACGCCCUGUGACCGCUGCGGGGUGCGUGGGGAGCAGUGGCGCAUCGGCCUCUGCUACCUGCAGAGCCCAGACCUCUCCCCACGCUACCACAAGACAGUGCCAGACGUGGUGUCCUGCGGCUCUCAGGCCGUGCCGAGGAAGCUGCGGACCAGAGCCAGGGACCACACGCCCGAGCUGCUGGUCCAGAGCUGUGUAGUGCCCUGUGAGAAGAAGACGACAUUUCGGGAGGGUGUGCUGGCCAUCUUCAACUACGUGUCCAAAGUGGGCAGCCGGCCCUGGGUGCCCCAGGUGCCCAUCCAGUUCCACCAGCAGAGACUGGGCCACGGACUCAUCAUCUCCUGUCCUGGGGCCCGGCCGGAGCAUGCUGUGGCCUGGGACAAGGACCGCCAGUACCUCUACCGCACACAGUACCUGAAGGGUGUCAACAGGUCCAUGAGGGUGUUCAUCGACCAUGGCAACCAGCUCCACAUCCGCUUCACGCAGCUGGAGGACCGGGGCAUCUACUACUGCUGGCGGCAGGGGGUGCGGGUCGCUGGGUUUCGGCUGGGUGUGACAUCUCGAGGGCACUACCCGGCCUCAUUCUCGGACCCGGAGACUCGCUCUGCUGUGACGCUCACCCUGAUAGGCUACCUGCUCAUCACAGCAGUCUUUGUCACCAUUCACCUCUGUCGUUGCUGCUGUUACCUAUUUCGCUGCUGUCCCAACCUCUCCCGCUAGGCGCUCUCUUGCCCAGCUCUGAA